AUGGGCCGUCUCUACUCCCCCUUCUUCCCCACGCGUCCGAGGCGUUCUGCUCGCUUGGUCAUCACCUGGCUGCUGACCUUCGCCUUCAUGGCCUGGGUGACCUGGUACCUGUCUGUGUGCCGACGGGCCGGCGUGGCACGUCCCUACCUGCAAGAGCUAUUCGAUCCUCGUGUAGAGGACCACAGUGCGGGGAGAAGAGAAAGAGGGGGGAGGGGAGGGGAGGGGAAGGGGAAGGGGAAGGGGAGGGGAGGGAAGGGAAGGGGAGGGAGAGGGGGAGGGAAGGGAAGGGGAGGAGAGGGGAGGGAAGGGAAGGGAAGGGAAGGGAGGGAGGGGAAGGGGAAGGAGAAGGAGAAGGAGAAGGAGAAGGAGAAGGAGAAGGAGAAGAAGGAGAAGGAGAAGGAGAAGGACAGGGGUAGGAUUGUAUCUACGAUAUCAUAA